AUGGAAGCUAGGAAAGUUCUUCUCAUCGCGACUGUGGGAAUGGCGAAGGAGGCAGAACAAACAUUGGAGGAGGAGCAUCUCUGCGAAAUAUGCGGCAAGUCCUACAAGACCGUGAAGCGGCUCAAAGGCCACGUGUGGGCGAUGCACACGAACCGCUCCGCAUCGAAGAGCUUCAAAUGCAAGCUCUGCCCCGCGACUUUCACUUGGCAGACCUCGAUCUACAAGCACAUGAAGAUGAUGCACAACGCCUUCAAGCGAACAAAGCAGUCGCGUCCACUGCCCACGUUGAAGAAGCCGGAGCCCUACCAGGAUAUCGAACGUAUGCAGUACUUCCAGCAGAAUCUGCCAGGCAGUCUGGCCCAAAACCUGGCCCCGCCACCGCCCCUGGCUUUGGGCCAAAGCAUCGUU